CAUAAAGCUUGUUUUGAAAUUUACGGAUUAAUUUUCUUAACUUUAAGUCAUUAACAUUUUUAUUGGUCAAGGAUCAAAAUCAAUGCUAUUUUUAAAUCGAUGAUCUUAAAUCAAUCAUCCUCAUCUUCUUUAAAACUUAAUUAAGUCGAAUCACUUGAACUUGUCAGAAUACGGAUUGACCUGUUCGGAUCAGAAUGAUUAUCUUCGGUAAAAAAUGCCUCCGUUUCCAAACAACUUACACAAUAAACAUGGAGUUAUUGGGAAAGUUUCCGUGGAAUGAGCAAGCAGAAAUUUUCACUUCUUAAGCGAAAUGUAUACGCUAACUUUGCAUGCUGCUUGGAUAGAAUAUUUAUCUUGUACGAACAUUGGAUAAGCGAUUAAGUGCUCGAAUGCUAAAUAUUCAAUAAAUAUAUCAUAAUGGAUUUAUCAAAAACAAAGCUGUAUAAAGCGAUCAAAGACCCGUCGUUGUCGGCGUCGGAGGUGUGGCGGAUGUGCAAGGAGUAUGUUUCCUCUCGGAAGAACAUCAACGUCAUGGACCGCACUUCCGGUGAGACGUUUCUUCACGUGCUGGCUGGACACGGGGGUCAUGUGCUCACGCCCUGGGGUGUGUCCACCGUCUACCUGUUAGCCAGCAGCGGUCUUAACCUGGAUGCACGUGACACACAUGGCGACACAUGCCUCCAUAAAGCGGUGCGGGUACCUGGUUCGUUCCGGGUUGUUGAGGCGCUUAUGAGGUGCGGUGUUGAUCCGCUCAUCCGGAACAACGAUGGACGGACAGCCGAUGAGGUUCUGCAGACGGAACAGCCGUCUGACUGGAGACACACCCUCCACUGGUACAACAAGUAUGCUCCUGGUUUGUACCACGCCGCGAUCUCGAAAAACGGCGCAACGUGGUCCGUGGAGCGUUUGUUAAAGGGCUGGUGCCGCGCACGACUUACGCGUCCGGACGGACAAGAAGUGGCUCUAGCCGGCCGUCUGCCCAUCGCAGAUGCCACCAGAGACAUGCUCAGAAAAUACGAGGUCACAAAUGAGUUCGUCAUUUCCAUGCUUGCUGGGAAACACAUGGACUUGGACGCGGAGACAUUGGCAAUGCUGGACGUGGAAACAAAGGACCACAUGAGCGAUGGAGGUCCGCCCCUACACCCAACCCAUCACAGCCACAAGCCGCGCGCGGCGCCAAGACCGCUCCUCCUUGCGCUGGCAGAGGGCCGCCUAGAGGCGUCCGUCGACACGGUGCUCGCCCUGGGCGCCAACCCUAACAUUAUGUUCUCUAGUACAGGAUAUAUGGAAGAUGCCGAGCCCCUGUUCUUUCAUCUGAUCUCAAGCGAGCCGCGUCCCCCGGACACCCUUGUUCACAAGGUGUUGCGAGUGGCAGACAUGUCCGUGCGGAACCAGAGCGGACAGACACUCCUUUUCCGGGCGAUAGACCGAGAUCUCUCCUCUCAGUUUAUCCGCGCACUUUUCAAAUAUGGCGUCGACGUCGCCGCAAGGGACGCCAAGGGGCGGACGGCAAGAGACUACGCAGAAAACUUGAAAAAGACGAAAUAUUUGACAACUAUCGAUGAACAUGUGACUGAGAUAGUGAAAGAAUGUGAUUUAGAAAAACUCCAGUCGAUUGUGUUUCAGGGAUACGAUCAUAUACUGGACAUAACAGACAAUAAAGGAAUAAAUAUAACACAGACGUUUAGACAUUUUCAGACGCUUAAUCCAAACAAGGAAGAAAUGGUUUUGUUUAUGGAGAAAAUAAGAGCAAUACAGCACCAGGUGAUGAUGAUGCUGCGGGCGGCGGAUACGGGCGGGACUGAGGAGCUUCGGCGGCUGGCAAGCCGGAAGUUGGUAUGUGCACGUGACAAGUGUGGCCGCACUGUGCUCCACAAGGCCAUCCUUAAUAAGAAGAAAGAGCUCAUCAAAUUCAUCAUUCAGACAUACGGGCAUAUCAUAGACGUACAGGAUAAUCUUGGUCGAGUGGCGCUACAUUACGCGUAUCUUGUAACGGAAGGGACGAGCCUAGUUAACUACCUCCAGCUACAUGGCGCUGACACCAACGUCUCUGACUGGGCGGGUCGACUUCCGGCCGCUUACCAAGUUGACGCAUGCGGCAAGGAUGAGUAUAUCCGUCUCCAGCGGGCGUUGAACGCUUUUACCAUGGACGUCUACCUCGCUGAAACAAACUUUGAGCACUCGCUCAACAAGGCCGUGAAGCGCGGCGACGUCCGUGAUGUAGAGGAUCUGGUGCACGGGCUCACGGACCGUGGUGACGUCAAUCGGUACGCCAACGUGCUCUUCACGUGCGUGGACACUGGACGUCAAUCAAUCGCCGUCUGUCUCAUCCGCCAUGGCAUGCGUACUGACAUAUAUAAACAGUACGAGACGUGCGACUCCCGGAGUUCUGCGUGUUCUACUUACACGUGCGACCAUGUUCUGACGUCACUGUACACACGUGCCAAGCAAAUGAAGUGUCUCGAAGUUCUCAAGGCCAUUUCAGACGUGUCAGAAAAGAGCUCGGAUGUGGAGGUGGACGGGAGGCCAUCCAUCCGGGGCCCCUCAACCAUGGACCAAUUCUCCCUGCUCGGCAUGGUCUAGCAUCAGCAGGAUGGUUGGGCUCCAACAUCGGACUCGGACCUAUCAACACAAGCCCCAUCAGCGCUUCCUCGAACGCCAUGUUACCCACCGACCCCGGAAGGCUAAUACUAGCUGGUCUUCAUUAAAGGCAGUUGUAACGAGCCACUCAAUCUUAUAGAAAUCAUUUUAUCAAUGGCCAUAACCCGAAGUUUGAGGUUCAAACAGGAUGGUGAUUUCAAGGGCAUCCAGGAAGAAAUAUUUGCAAUAUCCCUUGUAUGAUUUAUGUGAAGAUGAAUUACAUUACAGUCAAAACUCAUUAUGUCGAUGACCUUGAGACCUCGGGAAAUACUUCGAGAUAACGAACUUAGAUAUAACCGAAACACAAAAUAUGUCUAACUAAAAAAAUUAUUCGAAAAAAAGUUCGACAUAUAAACCGGAACAUCGAGGUAACUGAGUUCGACAUAACGAGUAACGACUGUAUAUAGUUGAGCAUAAUGAUGUUGAAUAGUUGGUAACAUAGAACAAAGGUUCUACUGAAAUGCUGGUACUUAUCAUUUUUUACAUAUUCAUUGUUUUUACAAUUAAUUUAUAACUGCAGUAAUGUUCCAAGCCUAUUAUACCUUCAUGUACAUAUAUUCUAUUUAUUAUGUUUCUAACAUAAGUGUUUUAUGACCUUUUUACAAACCCAUGUACAAGUUUUUACUUUUU